AUGACGAAUGGUCCACAAACAUCAAGUGGUGCGACGCAGACGGCUAACGAAGCUUCAAAUACUACGUCUAACGUUAAUUCUCCCCGAGAAUUUGAGUUUACUAAACCAGAGGCAUGGCCGGUUUGGAUUAAACGUUUUGAGAGAUAUUUAUCUGUGGCUGGCCUGACAAAUAAGUCAGAAAAAGAAAAAGUUGAUUUGCUAUGCUACACAAUGGGCGAAGAAGCCGAAGAUAUCUUAUUACGUAUAUUUCCUAACCUCGUGAAUGAAACUCUUUACAGUGAGGUUAAGAAAAAAUUUGACGAGUAUUUUUCUCCAAAAAAGAACGUUAUAUUUGAGAGAUACAAGUUUAACUCGAGAUUCCAAGAAGAAUCUGAAAGUGUUGACUCUUUUAUUACGGCUUUGCACGCGUUAGCUGAAAAAUGUGAAUAUGAAACAUUAAAAGAUGAUCUUAUUCGUGAUCGCAUCGUCAUUGGGAUAAAAGAUGCUAGAGCUUCUGAACGAUUACAGCUCACUCCAAAUCUCACGCUAGAAAAUGCAAUUACGUUAGUGCGACAAGCGGAGAUGCAAGAAAAGCAAAAUAAAGUUUUGCGCUCAAAGAGCCCAGAAAAAAGUGAAGUGAAUCGUAUUACAAAAAAGAAGCCUAGUGUUAAAAAAAGUAACGAAAAACAUGGAGAUACAGCGAAAAGCGAAAAUUGCUCUCGCUGCGGUUUACGAAAACAUCAUUCGAAGAAGUGCCCUGCACUCAACUCAACUUGUCGAAACUGCGGGAAGAAGAACCAUUGGGACAAGGUGUGUCGGAGCAAGUCGAUCAACGCCAUACACGGUGCGGAUCCCGAAGAAGACGACACGAGCGAAGAUGUUUUCAACGCACACUUCAUCGGAGCAGUGAAACGUAAACAAAACAAUUCUCGCGAUUACACAGCAGAGUUUGUUGAAAUGGAGAACAUCUAA